AUGUCUGCUUUACCUAAAAACUCUUUCCAUGACAGCUGCCCUGAAAUGGCAGCAAAACUGCUAAGGUUUUUUAAACAAAUGCUCAAUAAUUUUGCCAGUGAUUUGGAUGUCCUAUUGAGUGACCUCUCUCAAUCAUGUCCUUUAACGGAAUCACCACAAAUUAUUACUGGCCGUCGGAUUUUACAAGAUGGAAGAGAAAAUCUUUUUCUCUCUCUCUCUUUCAUAUAUAAUGUCUUUGUGUCUCUUUCUCUCUCUCUCUCUCUCAUAUAUAAUGUCUGUAUGUGUCUUGCUCUUUCUCUCUCUGUUAUAAUACCUGUAUGUACCUCUCUCUUUCUCUCUCAUAUUGUCUGUAUGUGCCUCUCUCUUUCUCUCUCAUAUAAUGUCUGUAUGUGUGUCUCUUUCUCUCAUAAUAUCUGUAUGUGUGUGUGUCUCUCUCAUAUAAUGUCUGUAUGUAUCUCUCUCUCUCUCUCAUAUAUACUGUCUGUAUGUGUCUAUUUUACUCUCUCUCUCAUAAUGUCUGUAUGUCUUUCUCUCUUUCUCUCAUAUAAUGUCUAUGUAUGUCUCUCUCUCUCUCUCUCUCUCAUAAUGUCUUAUCUAUAUGUGUGUGUCUCUCAUAUAAUGUCUGUAUGUGUCUCUCUCUUUCUCUCUCUCUCAUAUAUACUGUCUGUAUGUGUCUUUUUUUCUCUCUCUCUUUCAUAUAAUGUCUAUGUGUCUUUUUUCUCUCUCUUUCUCUCAUAUAUAAUUUAUGUAUGUCUCUCUCUCUCUCUCUCUCUCUAA